ACACACACACAAAAAAGAAAAAAAACACUACACAGCUAUUGCAUGCUCAGCCCACAAAGAGAAAUAGUAUUGCAGAGACAGGGCAGCAGGGCAGAGGUGCAGAUGAAAAGAGACUAGUGAAAAUACUUCUUCAAGCUCUGAUAUACAACUACCAGACCUCCAAAAUAAAAAUGAAUGGACAGAAGCAGUGGACACGGGUGGCCGUGAUGGCACUCCUGGUGAUCACAGUGAUGGCAGGAGAAGGAGGCAAAGCAGAGAAACAAGGAAAGAAAGAACGCAAGUCAGAUUGUGGCGAUUGGCAGUGGAGCGUGUGUGUAGCCAACGAAGGAGACUGUGGACUCGGCACCAGGGAGGGAACACGCACCGGCACCGACUGCAAGCAGACCAUCAAGACCCAACGCUGCAAGAUCCCCUGCAACUGGAAGAAGAAGUUUGGAGGGGAGUGCAAGUAUGACUUCCAGGCUUGGGGGGAGUGCGAUCUGGCGACGGGAAAGAAGAACAGAGCAGGCGUGCUGAAGCGAGCGCUCCUCGAUGCAACCUGCGCCGCCACUGUCACAGCCACCAAGCCCUGUGGGAAAAUCCCCAAGACUAAGCUGCAAGAUGCAAAGAAGCAAAAGAAGGACGGCAAGAAGCGAGAUCGCACCCAAAUGGACCAAUGAGGAUGUUUUUCCCUGUGAGGAAGGAAGAAGAGCGGGGAAGCACGUCCACUGCCCUAAUUCACCACGGUUCCUCUUUGUAUGUCCUGUAGAUUGGCAGUAGGAGCCUUUAGAGCUUUGACAAAACCAGUUGAAAUAUGUCUUUUAGUGACAAAAUGUUUAACCUUUUCUUCUUCCUAGCACCUGAUAAAAAACAAAAACAACUUGUAUGUUGCGAUAGGAGAUGUAAUACUCAGCGGUAGGGACGCAUAAUGAAUACGAAAAGAGAUUUGUUUACUAGUGUUUUACCUAAUGAUGUUGUUUCUAGGAUUAUUUUCUUACGAAUAAAUAGGAUUUGUUAUACAGUUGAAUAGCCUAACUCUAAUUUGGAAAACUCUUUGAUCCAUGCCUUGACUUAAUGAAGCAGUUUGCUAAAAGUGAAGCUCUAAACAUCUAUACUUAAUUAAUUUGUGGAGAAAAAAAAGAUGUGCAUUUGGUAACGCCUUCCCCAUUACUCUAUGCUAUUGAUAUUUUUCUUCCAUUUCAAGUUAGAAUAAACAUAAGCUAGUUUUGUUUGGAGUCUGCAUGAAAAAGCUUCUCUACAAGUGUGCAAACUACUACUGUUUUUAGUGUUUUUCCUCCUGCUGCUCUGUUGUACCUCAAUUUAUACCCACUGAUUUUUACCCUCCAGCUUUUGGCUAUAAAACUUCCUCGGUUGGAGUUAACAUUCCCUUUGUAUCCUCUUUCCAAAAUAAAAAUGAAUGAAAAAUAAAUA